GGGGGGGAGGGAGACACUCGUGAGCUUCCCGCGCCUGGGGUCGGACGCCUCUGUGAGGAACGUGGCUCGAGUUUUAAGUAUCGUCUUGCAAGCGCCUCGCCAGAGUCUGUGUUUGCCCGACGCUGUUUUACCCGCGCUGCCGGGGCAACCCAGGGCCGGGCCAGGUAGCCGGAGGCAGCCUGGCCAGUGUGACUUUAGACUGAUCAGAGCACCUAGAUUCCAGUGGGAUUUUUGUGAAGGGACAAAGGCUCGGGCUUCUGAAGAGGUGAAAGUAAGCGGGUGAACUCCUGCAUGCCACUCCAGCAAAAGCCGACUGUGGUCCUGCAAAAGCCAGCUGGGCGUAUGCUGUUUAAAGAGCCUGCUGUGUGAAGCUUGUGAUGUGCUCUCCCAGCUGGGCUCCUGCUGCUACAAGUUGGUGCUGGUGACCAGGUGUGCACAAUCAGAUAUUAUGCAGGAUAUGACUGGAAGUUAUAAUCAUGGAGAGAUUUUUCUUACUGAGAUUCAAUCAUAACAGUUGAUACUGACAGAAUCCCCUCUAUCAAUCCUGUCAUGUCAACACACCUAAGUCUCCAUAAACAGUAUUUGCAAGCCUGCCAAGUGUUGAGCCAGCCAGAAAACCCUUUCAUUGAACACAUGCUUGAAGAAUCUGAGAAAGCAGAUAUAACAUUGACAAAAGGGAUCACAUUAAAAAUAGCUGGAAAUAACCGUUUGGUGCCAGUACAAAAAGUUACAGAUGAGGAUUUUCGAACUCUGGCCUUCAUCUUAAGCAAUAACACAUUUGUUACAGGGCUGGAUCUUAGAUAUAACAUAUUAACAGAUGUUGGAGCAGAACAUGUUGCAAAAUUCCUUCAGGAAAACUCAACCGUGUGCUAUCUGAAUCUGAUGUUUAAUGAUAUUGGCACUAUUGGAGCAGAAUUAAUAGCUAAAGCACUGCAUAGGAAUGAAACACUUUUACACCUGAGAAUGACUGGCAACAAAAUUGAAAACAAAGGUGGGAUGUACUUUGCUUCAAUGCUGCAAAUUAAUUCAACCUUAGAAAAGUUAGAUCUUGGAGACUGUGAUCUGGGUACACAAAGUCUAAUAGCAAUAGCAACAGUUAUGAGCCAUAAUAAAGCGAUAAAAGCACUAAACCUAAAUCGUCCUAUACUGUACAGCCAAGAGGAAGAGACCACUGUUCACACAGCUCUAAUGAUGAAAAAUAACUCUUGUCUUAUGGAACUGCAUUUGUGCAAACAUGAAAUGAAGAAUUUUGGUGUGGAACGAUUGUGUGAUGCGUUGUAUGAAAACUGCAGCCUGCGAUAUCUUGAUCUCAGUUGUAAUAAAAUAACUCGUGAUGGUGUGAAAUUUUUGGGAGAACUGCUGAAACAGAACCAAACUCUGGAAAUUCUAGAUCUUAAUUCAAACCGGAUAGAAGAUGAUGGCGCCAUCUAUCUAAGUGAAGCCCUGGCUUUGUACAACAGGACUCUUCAAGCAUUAGCAGUAGUGAGCAACAAUAUAAGUGGAAAAGGACUUGUUGCUCUAUCGGAUUCACUGAAAACAAACAUGGUGCUUUCCUACAUUUAUAUUUGGGGAAACAAAUUGGAUGAGGCCACCUGUGUGGAAAUCAACUCAGCAGCUGAGUCAUUUUCAUCUAAGCUGAGGAUAAGAAUUCGUAUUCAAGAGUGAAGACCAUUAAAUUAUUGCUGCAAGAGAACAACUUUAUCAGAACCUGUGCAUUCUGUGGAGAGAAAUUUAAAAUUGUCUUGUAAAAAUGAUGAUCUUCUUGUGUAUAAAGAAAACUGAAUGAGUAAUAUAAAGUAAAUGUCACUUCUAUAAAUAUCUAAACUGGAUCCUGUAUAAAUCUAAGCCCUGAUUUUUUUUAAAAGUCUGAGAUUUAAGAAUACUGUAGUCAUCUAAAAUUUUAGAAAUAUAAAAACUGUUGAAACAAAUAUUCUUAUGGAAUGCAUGUUCUAUAUAGGAAAGUGUUUCUCAGAGUUAGUUUGCUCUUCUGGUAAUAUAUGCAUUACUCAGUAAUUCUGAAUAAAUUAAUUUUUUUGAAAAGAAGUAGUAACACAUCAGAAGAGAUGUACUUUAAUACAUUUAAAGAUGAACUUGCCAAAUAGCAGUAUAACCAUAAGAGCUGGCAGAGCUUUGCUUCUGUGCGAAACUAAUUAUUAAAACUGUAUUCAUCUUUAUGCCUUUGCUGUAUUUUUGGUCAGUAACUGCUGCCUUAGAUCUGGUUACAUGGAGUAAACCUUUGUCAUUUAUAUUCAAGACCCUGCUUUUUGGUACGCUUCUUCAGUCAUAGAAUUGCCAGUUGGCCAAAGAAUCCGUGAGAGAUUACGAGGAAAAAACAGAUUUCAAAAGAAUGCAAAAAGCCACACUGCACUACUGAAAACCUAAAACAAUUUCUCCAAUGUCCUAAACCAGUGUGUAAAAUGACAGUAGGUGCUGGCAAAUGCUAUGGCAUAAACAUGAUGGAGACGAGCAAAGUGAAGAGAGUGAAAGUCAGGAAGCAAUGGCAGGGGGGAGACUUGGUUGUACUUCAUAACGUCCAGUAACCCCACCAGUAAACUGACCACUUGUAAUUAAGCAUUAAACAAUCAAAACUAGUAUUACACAUGCCACAUUUUAAAUGAUAAAUAAAAAAAAUGAAAGGUUUAUUUCACUGAAAAGGUACAAAGACAAAAACAGACACAUGGAUUAAGAAAGCAAUAAGUAAAAAACAGCCAUGCCAAGGAACUAAGGACCUCUCUUCAGAGGAUUUCAAAGAAAUCUACUAAGAAAUGUUUCAUGAAGCCCUUUUAAUUCAGGUGAAGAUAUGGUGGAGAGUAGGAAUAUUAAGAGGCAUCUUUUACAAUCCACUGUUUACCAAGGCCUGGACACAAAGUACCAAUACAGAUAAAAUGGUAUCAACAAUCAACAAAGAAUGCACUUAAUAUCACUAGUGCUGGUUGACUGGAGAAAACAUGCCUCUGUGGCUCAACGAUUCUUGACAGUUUUAAGAUUGGCUUGGCGAGGCAUAAAAAGAUUCCCCCUAAUCACGAUGGAGCUUAAGCAGUGUUGCUAUCAGAAAUCGGAAGUUGCUUGGUUUUCUUUUUGCUGUUGUUUUAAAGGAAGCUAACGUAAUCUCCUUCGGCCAGGUUUACAAUGUGAUUCAAACUGCACUAGCCACAGUUGGGUAUCAAGAGAGACAGACAGAACUGGAUAACUCAAGAGAUAUGGCAUCUCAUGAAUGGUAUUAAAAGGAUGAAAAGGUAUUAAAAGAAAAUUCCUAAAUGAUAAAAUCAACCAGAGGAUUGGAAAAUGUAGAGGAGUGCACAAAAGCAGAUGAGAGGUAAAACGCGACAGAAAGGCAGAUGAAUGAAAAUACUACGGAUUAUCAGUUAAUGGUAUCGGUUAUACUCAGCCAGCUCCCGGGGAGGGCAGCGAAGCUUCUUUCCCAGGAGCCAGGAAGGCAAGGGCUAACCAAUGGGGAAGAGGCUUCUCUUCAGCAGUGAAGUCUCCUCCCAAGAAGCCAGGCAGAUGGUUUUGCUCCAGCAGUAAAGCCCCCUCCCCAGUAGCCAGGCAAGCAAGGGCUGCUUGCACCUGCUAGAUCUGCAUUAUAAACUUUAUACUGCAGAGCCUGCAGUGCAGGUAACCAUGUAACCGCUGAGAUUUUCAGCAGUUACACAGUUCCCUAUGACACGAUUUUUACCCCCCUAGAAAAUACACUGAAGAUCUAGCAGCUUUAGGGUUAUCAGAGCUAUUUACCAAGUUACUAAAAUACUGCAUGUCAAUUUCAGAAUAAGAAACAGGCCAAUAAAAUCAAAGAUAGAAAAUGUUUACUACUAAGGUACAACAGAAAAAAUAAAUGGACAGAGCAUUCAAAGAAGGCCUCAACAGACCAAAGCUGACUUCAGUAACAAACUUCCAUUUAAACAUGCAAACCUGACCAACUUGAUGUUAACAUUAGUCCAAAAGAGAUGACAGUAGUAAAGGCCCACAAUAAGCAAACUGAAAACAAAUAAAAAAGCAGCAGCAGCAGAUAAUCAAAUCGCUCCAGAAAUGCUAAAAGGAUUUGAUACCAUCCCAUUAAUGAAAUUGACAGACGUUUUCAAUAGUUCGGGGAAAAGAAAAGUCUCCUGACAAUAGGGAUGUAAAAGAAAUCAGUUAAAAAUGUAAUGGUAUAACCAUUACAAAUUUAAACAGUCACAUGCACUGCAUGCUCUGCAAUAUAAAACUUAUAUAUAAUCCUUAUACUGCAGCGCAGCCAGCUCUCCAGAAACAGAGCUGGGAACCGGAAUGCACCAGGAGUCACACAAGCUCCCAGCCCUGCUUCCUGGAAGCCAGUUUCCCUGUGGACUCUGUGGUAUAACUAUACUGCAGAGCCCACAAUGCAGGAUGACAGCUGGCACCCGAGGAGCGGGAACCGGUAUGUAACCGUAACAGAAACCAAUAAGCUGAUGCUUAUAUGUUAACCAUUUAAAUGGUUACACUUCUUCCCUAUCGACCAGUGGAAGCAUGGAAUCAUUAUCAGAAUAUCCAAAAAGGGGUGAUUUUACUGACCUUAACAACUGGAGAGGGGAUACACUACUCUGUUGCAAGGAAUGCCUUCUGUAGGGCCCUACUAUAUGGGUUGAAAGAGGCAGUGGGUGCAAAGCUUAGAAAACAGGCUUAAUUCAGGCCCAAGAGAUUCUGUGUAGACCAGAUAUUUAGCUAAGGACAAGCACAGAAGAGGAUUUAGAGUGGCAAACUGCCCAGAACAAUUUCACUGAUUAUUUUUUUCAAAAGUAGACAUAUAUUAUGGACUAUUCAUUCUUUAGUCCUAUGAAUCCCAGCUAAAGUUGUAAUCACCAUCAAGACCAUACACAGAGAUAUGAGGUGCUCUGCAAGGCUAAACCAUCAAUCAACAACUGAAUGGUUCAGUAUGGACAAUAACAUAAAACAAGGCAUUUUAUUGCUGCUCCUAUUUGGCAUAGACCGAAUAUUGCCAUAGAUUGAAUAUUGAAGCAAUGUAUUAGCAAUGCUAACACUGGCAUAGCAUGGGGAGUUGGCAAAAGUCUAGAAAGUCUAGACUAGGGUGGUCAAUAAUUUUUAUUGGGAGGCCACUCCAAGAAUGUGGUAGAUGGUCAAGGACCACACUCUUCCAUGAUAUUAAUGGAGGAGGUGCAGUAUCUGGGAUGGUUGGUUGCAGAAGGGAAUUUAGGGUAAAGAGAAUGGGGUAUAUGGAAGCAGUGUGGGAACAGGGAGGGAGUUUGGGUGAAGGGAGUGGUUGUGACCUGGGGCAGCGGAUUUGGGUGCAGGGUCUGGGACUGGAGAAUGGGAGACAGGAUUUGGGUUAUGUGAGGUAGGGGAGAGAUGGGGGAAGCAGAGGUUUGGGGGGGGGAAGGAAGGGCUGCGUGGCAGAGGCAGGCUCUGGCAUGGAGACACUUGGGCAACUCCAGACCAGCAACCCGGCAGGUUCCCUGCUUUCCAUGCCCUGGCAGGCUGCUCAGAGCAGCCAGCUGUGGGGUUUUGUGCAUCUGUGAACAGUUUUGAGCCCAAGCGGAGGGGAAGAUUGGGUGCUUCGUGUGCUGCCUGUUCUUCAAACAAUGGGAGUUACAAGAUUGUGCUGGGGGGAAGCGUGCCGAGCCUCAGACUUGCAGCUGUUCACAGAAACUGGGCCUUGAACCCAGUUUUUCUGAGCGGUGUAGAGAAGAGGGUUGGCAGAGAACCUGACUGAAGCGUCCUUUGUGCUGCUGGCUUGGCGGGCUGCAUCUGGCCAAUGGGCCAUAUUUUGGCCAGCUCUUGUUGAUAAUAUUGUGCUGAAUAACACUGAGGAAACAUUACUAAUAAAGACAGACAACCUUGCAAAAAACAACAGGCCAAUCAUGGCUCAAAAUUACUCAUGCUAACAACAAACAUCUUUGAAACCUAGAAGGCAAAACUACCAAGAAAAUAAAACCUAUUCAUCUACUUGGGCAGCAUCACGCUGACCAAUGGACAUCUCAAGAAGGAAGUGACAUCAAGAAUGGGAAAGAGACGUAUAGUAUUUACUAAUCUUAAUAUGGAAAUCAAUUAUAUAGCAUCAGAAUUUUCAAUUCAAAUGUAAUUUCAGUCUAAUAUGUGGCUGUGACAGCUGGUAAUCCUACCAAAUGGUUAGGCAGAAAAUGAAAGAAUCUGGACACUAAGAGUCUUCAUUACCAAUGAAAAGAUCCAUGAAAUCAUCAACUCAUUUCCAUGAGACUCAAAAGGAAGCCCUGAUCAUGUCUGGGACAUGUACUAUGGAUGCCAACACAAAGAUUCCACAUAAAGCUGUUCAGUGAAAACCAACUGGUGUGAGGAAGUAAAAAGCCCAAGAGAAACCUUAAGAAGGACCCUUAGCAGAAAGGGCAGGAUAGUUUGUCUCAGCACCUUAUAGAGCAGACAGAAGCGACAAAGAGGAAUUGAACAGACUAAUUUCUGCUCUGUGCGCCAACCCCAGCACAAGUUUCUGUUAAACGGAAAAAAACACCCCACACAGCUGGCAUAAAAACAUCCCUUUUUCACAUAGGUCUUGCUACAAAAGACAGCAACUGCCUAAAACUGCACUAUUGGCAUAAGAAAUAAAGCAGUAAACAAACACUGCAUUUAUUUUUAAUUAAAUGUUUUUCUAUUAUACCUGCCCAAAUUCUGUAAUGGAAUAUUAAGAGCCUAUUGUGGCCCAAAAGUUUAUGGCCUCUGGUCAAUCUUUACUAAAACACCUUCAUUUUUAGCUUUCACUUAAUUUUUUAGAGUAAACGUAUCGCUCAUUUAUUAUAAACUCUGCAGCAGGGCAAAAUCUCUCUCCUCUGAUGUCUCUGUAAAAUGCUUAAACCAAAAGGGGUCUGAUCCUGACUGGAAGCUCUAGGCUCUACAAUAUGAAUAACUAUAAUGAUGAAAGUCAGACAUGUGCUACUGAUGUCUAUUUACAGCUUACUCAACACACAUUCUUACCUACAAUAAUCUUAAUAUGCUGAAUGCUGAAGGACAGAUCAAUUAUCUCUUUUGACCUGUCCUAAGCAGAAGACUGCUCCUUUUUCAAACUCUAGAUGUUUGGGAGAUGUGGAGAGAUUAUAGCUUGUCACUUUUGAAUGUGAAUCCAGGCCUUGAAAAAGGAAAGGCUACUGUAUAUACUAUCUAGACUCUAAAUCAUUGCUCAAGGAAAAAGCCUCCCUCCCCUAUUAGUGGCAUUUGUCCAAAGCUUUCCAUCUAGUCUCAGACUGGCAAAUUGCUGCUUCUGUUUAACACCAAUAAUGCUUCAAAAACAUUUCACCAGAGAACUGGCCUGGUUGCCAUCAUAUACUCCUCUUACAGUGUCCUGGAGUGUGGGAGCCUGUGUUUAAUAAAUUGGUCAUGAAAUUUUUUUCUACAAAGACCACAACUCCGAGUUAAGGUAUUUAAUUAACAGAAAUGAAAAUAUGGCUUGAAAGUCUGCUCACAAAUGACACUGUAA